CUGUGUUGGGGAUGAUUACGUGUAGCUCACCAACUCGCAACAGCUAGCUUGUCAGACGAGAGUGGCCAGCGAAUUCAGAUCCACUGUUGCAACGAUAGCUAUUUUCUCCCAGUGUAUUCAGAGGAAAGGCGAAGGUACAGUCAUUGAGCACCCGAAAACGCCCCGGAAUGAUAUUAUGUCGGAAUUGAUAUGAUGUAGCAGAAUGGAAUCACCAGUACAAACUUGUUUCGAGGGGUACUGUGUAAGGACGAGGGUCUGUUUCAGUCCUCAGCACAAGGAGCCAUAAACUCCAUGCAUCGCGUGAAGUCCCUUACUCUCCUGAAACAGAACAUUUCACUCAAAAAGAGACACUGAAAGGACAGACAUGUUUGCCAAGUUAAAGAAGAAGAUCGCAGAGGAGGCGGCCACAGCACCUCGCAGUGGUGUUCGUAUACCACGCACCAUCAGCAAGGAAUCCAUCACCUCAGUGGGGGCAGAUUCUGGGGAUGACUUUGCAUCUGAUGGCAGCAGCUCCAGGGACGAUCUGCCCGCCCAGCUCCUCAGAAGGAAUGAUCAGAUCCGGAAGCUGGAGGCCAAGCUAUCAGACUACGCUGAGCAGCUACGAAUUAUGCAGAAGACCAAGGACAAGCUUGAAAUUGCAUUAGAAAAGCAUCAGGAUUCAUCCAUAAAGAAACUUCAAGAACAGAACGAGUCUCACCAGGCCAACAGAGCCAAAAUGGCAGAGGGGAUGACUUUAGCACUGGAGAAGAAAGAUCAGGAAUGGAUGGAGAAGAUGGCCACUGUGGAAAAGGACAAGGCUGCCCUGUCAGCGCAGCUAGAGGAGAUGAUGCAGCAAAGCUUAGUUCUCUUCCAGAAAAGGGAUGACCUGGAUGAACUGGAGGGCUUUCAGCAGCAGGAGCUCGCUAAAGUUAAACACAUGUUGCUGAAGAAGGAGGAGCAGCUGAGCCAGCGGGAGCAGGAGCUCCAGCAGAAGGAGGCUGAAGUUCAGUCAGCAAAGCGAGGGCUGUCCGAGACUCGGGGGAAACUCAAGGCUCUGGAACAGCAGUAUGAGGAGAGCUGCAGACUCAACUCUGAGUUUGAAAUAGAGCGAGAGGAACUGCUGCUGCUCAGAGAGGAGGCAGACAAGAAGAUCAGUGAGCUGGAGGGACAAAGCCAGGAGCUGCAGGCCGUCAUCCAGCAGGUCUCUGAAGACUUCCAGAAGUCACAGAGUAUGGUGUCAUCUUUAGAGAGGUCCAUCCAGGAAUUACAGACUGAAAAUGACGCCCUGAAGUUGCAACAACAAAAGGCUGCUGUAACGGAGGAGGACAAGGAGCGCUUGUUAGGGGAACUUCAGAAGAAAGUGACUUCUCUGGAGAGACGGCUGCAGGGCAACCUCAGCCAGGACGAGCAUCUGCAGGAGCUUCUCCAGGAGAAGUCUAGCCUGGAGCAAAGUCUGGAGGAGACCAGAGCAGAGCUGCUGGCAGUUCGGACAAACCAUGCUGAUACUGUCAGCUCUCUGGAGGCACAGGUAUCCAGAAUGAGUUGCAAUAUUACUGAGCUGCAGACCCUUCUCCGACACAAAGACGACUCCUCCAGAGCCUACAGACAGAGAACAGACACACAAAUAGCUAAUCUGGAGCAGCAAGUCCUAGAGAGUAGUGAUAGACUGAAGAGUUCAGAGCAGCAGAUCACAGAAAAGCAACAGUAUAUGGAUAAACUGCAGGGAGAGUGGAGUGCAGAGAAGGCCUUUCUGGAUCAGCAGGUGUGUUUGUUACAGCAACAGAGUCAGGAGAAGGCCAGCCGGCUGGAGGAAAGCAUCACGUCUUUACAGACAGAAAGACAGAUGCUGCAGGAGAGGGUGGCUGAUCUGGACAAGCAGAGGGACGAGACAAACGCCACUCUGAGGCAGCAGACAGAAGAGCUGGAGCAGUGCAGGGCGGAGCUGAACAGCCGGCAGACAGUAAGCACAGAAAUUGCCAAAGCUCUAGAAGAAACCAGACGGCAGAAGGAGGAGCUGCAAACACAGGUUGCAGGGAUGACCACAUCUCUACAGACCUCACAGCAGGAACUGUCCACUGUCAGUGAGAAGCUAGCACUGAGAGAGGAAGACAUCAAAACACUCCAGAAUGAGGUGCAGUGUCGGCAGGCAUCACUGGUCCAGCUGCAGGAGGAGGUAGAAAAACAGCGAGCCCAGCUGGAGCAGAUGGAGCUGGACAAAGACUCCCAGCUGAUCACCCUGAGGGAGGAGCUGCUCAGCCAGACACAGCAGCUAGAUAGCUGCCAGGCGCGGAUCUCAUACCUGGAGGUGGAGGUGGAAACCCUGACAGAACAGCUUCACAGCCCUGAAGUGUGCGAGGAGGAUCAGAACGGCAGUGUGACGGUGGACGAUCUGGAUCACCUUCAGAAGGUCAACAGAGAGCUGGAGCAGCAGCUCAGCGAUAAGAACAGGACCAUCAAGCAGCUGCAGCAGAGACUGGCAGAACUGAAGAGGACGCUGCAGAAGGAACUGAAGCUGAAGUCUGAGCCAGACACUGAAGGGAGAGAGAAGUUGCCAGAAAGCCGCGCUGAAAAACAAGACAGGGUCUGUCCAGACCCGCCUACAGCAUCCACCCCGAGCCCCCCAACCUCCAACACUACGGUGACUAAUACCUCAGACCUCAACGACUCACGAGAAAUCAACUUUGAGUAUCUCAAGCAUGUCGUCCUCAAGUUUAUGUCAUCCAGAGAAGCUGAAGCAUACCAGUUAAUACGAGCUGUAUCUGUGCUGCUGAACUUCACUCGUGAGGAAGAGGACAUGUUGAAACAAACUCUGGAGUACAAGAUGUCCUGGUUUGGAUCCAAGCCUUCUCCAAAGGGUAUCAUCCGACCUUCAGUCUCAGGCACUUCAACUCACUGGAGCUGAUGAGCGGAAGCGAUGGAGGGAAAGGAGCUAAAGGACCACCUCCAAGGGGAGGACGUUCUUCAUACAGUCUACGGUUCUUCCUCUGUGUCUGAGAAGGACUCUAGCUUUCAACCUUGAACAGCCUCCCGCAGUUUCCUCUGGCUCUGUGUGGGAAGGACUGUUGUUUUCUGCUCUGUAGGGACAGAGGAUGGGCUGCACACUAUGUCUGAAGGAUAAAGGCCUAUUUAUAAUCAGUUGUUGAUUUUAAAAUGACUGGGAUUUUUUUCCCCAAUCAUUAAGGCAGAUGGACGUUAGACCAAAUGUUAUUUGACCAUAAAAUAUUGGUAAGACACUGUAUUCACACUGGAGUCUCAAGUGUCUCAAGUCUAAUUUUUCUUCCCUGACAUAUGACUCAGAUCUGAUGUUUUCUAGCCCAUGAAAACAGCAGAAAGUGAGUUGGCAUGUAAGAAAACGAGACACAACAUCAGAAAGAAAUAACAGACUGUCUUGACUGUUAUUUUAGGAACUGCCUCAUUCCUACCUGAUUCCAACUACACAAAUUACACCUGUGUUUUUCUAGAACAAAAAGCAUUGUGACUUGAUGUGACUGUCUUUACUGGACAAAUGGUACAGCCUUUGAUUGCUGAAGGACCUUUUAUCUUGUCACUUUGUUAAUCUUCUAUUUUAAAUCAGAGGGCUUCUUAAUGAAAAUGUGUCAUUUAAUGACCUGUACAGGAUACUGACGCUGAUUCAGUUUCAGUGAGAGUUUAUUUAAUAGCACCUGCCAAAUGGACAUAAAUUGUUCACAUUUGUGUCAAAGGAUCUAAAUGUGUGAUAAGUGACUUGAGUUUGAAGCCCUUUCAACCAUCAACCAUUUUCUUUGCUGUGAUUGGAGUAAAUUAGUUGUCUUUACCUGUUGAAAUAUUCAUGAUGGCAUUGGAAGAAAUCUGUUUACUAUGUUUUGGUGCUUUGAAGUAAGACUACUUCACAAAGCUCAAGGGAAUCCAGGCUGAGAUUUCUGUCCAGUAGAAACCUCAAGUUCCAGAAUGAUCUUGAGAAAUGAGAGUGCUGACAUUUUUCAUUUAGAGUCUUGAUUAACUAGGUUGAAUUUUAAAAUCAUCAAAAGUAAGUUGGAGUGUGUCUUUUAAAGAAAAUUCAUUGUUCUCAUCUUUCCUUAAAAUUUAAUUGUCAUCAUAUUUCUUACCACAGCUUCACUGAAAUCGCCCUUACAAGCUGGUCUGAGCUAGAGCCCGCCAGUUUUAUUACAUGAUGGUAUAUACAGAGUUUAAAAAUCUGAUAAUGUCGGCCAAUAUAUCUUUUUUUUAUACAGAUACAUAAAUUGUUUUGAUAAGGAUCCUUUAAAUUUGGUGAGUACUUGGGACCAAGAGAUCUACAGUCAGCAAUAUAUUCUAGUGUAAAAAUAAACUUGUCAGCGCUGUCUGGUAGACAAACAACGUAAUGGUUUUUAAAAUACUGAAAACAUACUGUAGCUUUGGCAUUUCUGGACUACUAAUUUCUUGUUGCCUGUCUGCCAACAUAAACAGAUGCUGAAAUCAGCGGGGCUGUAGUUCAACAGCUUACUUAAAUGGGUUUUAAAACAGCUUGGCCAUUAGACUGUUAUUGUUACUAUGAGUUGAGCCUCCCAGCAGACCUUGCACUCAAAUCCUCCCUCUGUCACCUCGAGUGACGGAACCUAAUCUAACCAUGGCCCUAACCUAAACCACCUCUAAACUAAAACAUUUGACUAGUAGCUUGGAAGUGCUGUUUGGAGGCUCAGUUCAGGGUAAAGAAAAGUCUCUAUUUUCAGUUGCUGCUACUAGAGGAGCAACAAUGGCUGGCAGAGCUGAUACAAUAUGCACACAGACUGUUUUAGGUCCUUGAACACCAAUAUGAAUGAUUGAGACUAUAGUUGUCCAUUUUAAAAAUAACAAUGUGAUUAAAUAAGUGAAUGCUAUGUAAAUGAUGACUGGUGAACAUGCUCUACCUGUACCUGCCUUUGCUAAUGUAAAUGAAAGUACAUUCCACAUGUUUAUUUAUAUAUCAAAAUAUGUGCAUACUGGAUGCAUUGAGAACUGUAUCAAUCAGUGGAUGUAAAUGGUUUGAUGUGAGGUCAGUUUGCAAUAUUUAUCAUCAUCAUAGACCAGAACUCAUAUAUGUUUCUGACUCUGCUUGUCACUCAGUCCCACUGUCUUUCCCGAUCCUCCUCGUUCCGUGUGAUGUCAGUCACAACACAAUGAAUGGUUAUUUUUAAAUUAGUGGGAGGCCCAGGGAAUCUGCAUGCCUGUGGUUAAACUGCAUUUUUGAAUCCCUAAAGCAGCCUGAGAAGUAUUUUACAAUUCUGUUUGUUUCUAAAGGCCAGAGGAUUCUGCGCUGGUAUUCAUGACAGUAAUAUGCAAACAUUGUGAAGCAGAAAUACAUCAGGGUGCUGUCUGCAUACGAUUAUCAGUCACAGAAGAAAAAAAAAAGUACUUCAGGUCAGUUGUUGUUUUUCUUGCUUUUGAAGUUGUAUCUGCUCUGAAUACAUUUGUUUUAUGUUGGGAUGCAGGAGCUGUCAUCCUCUUGUGUUACUAAUAACCGGUAGCAGACUGAUGUAGUCACCCACACUGGGUAAUCUGCAUCCAUGAGAAUCAAAAAAAAACAAUGAAUGCACUUUUUAAUCUGAUUGAUUUUGCUGUGUUAAACCCUGAAACAACUGUACAAUCACUACAGCUUUUCUGUCUUUUGCUUUUUAUGAUUUAACAAUUGCUGCCACAACUUUCCGUUCCCACAUUUAUUAAUAAUAAAUCUGAAAUGAUAAAAUUA